UGACUGUGUGGUAACAAUGGUGUGGCAGCACUUUGAUCAACCGAAACAGCAAGAUAUUGCUAUCCUGAGACAUCAAGCACCCAAGCUAAUAGUUUUUUUUUGUUGUUGUUGCGGUUCUGCGCGAUGCUGGCAGACGGUAAAUUUAUUUUAAGCCUUUAUUCUGUUUUCUUUGUCCUUAACCUUUUUGUCUGUGGGGACGUUUUAAAGAGAGUCAGCUUCAUGUCAUAACCUAGACAAGCACAGCAUGUCUCUUUAAAUAAGUUUAAUGAUAUUUUCAGGCUGUUACAAAGCUACUGCAAAUUAUUCUAGUAUAGCCUAACGAACCUCUGUCCCGAUGGACAUAUUAAAGAUGUAAAAAUGCAUAAUUUUACAGUGAUUUUGCUAACUUACAAAUUAGGUGUGAUAGUGCCUUCCAUACAAAAAAACGUCUGUGGCAGCUCCUCUGAGCAUACAAUGUAAAAGUUUGGAAUAUGAAAGUAAUUUUAAUACAGAGCAGCUGGAUGCAAAGACAGUCACAGAAAAUGUUUAAUUGGAUCAGUUCUAACCUGGAACUGUUUCACCUACAUACUGAUAGCCUUCAGAUACAACACUGCACUACUUUUUCAAGCGUAAUGAAUCUACAGAUUAGAUUUAGAUUUAAUUUUUCGUUGUGUCUCCCAAUCCUCACCACAACAGAAGCAACAAACUGUUUUGUUUUCAAAUGAGAGCAACCGGCGUUGCAUAUUUCAUAGGCCUGCAACAUUUCAAUCUAUAACAUUGGAAAAUACCAAGCGCUGUCUCUUCAGGUGACUCCUCACACUGUCUGUCAGAUUUUAACUCUGGGCUUUAUCCAAAACUUUAAUUUUCCUUUCAUGAAGCCAUUCUUUUGUGGACUUGGAUGUAUACCUGGAUAUCGAAAAGUAAAAACCUUCUACACUCCCAGCUGUCCUGAAGACACCUGAAGGUUUCACACCCAAACUGACUGGGUGUGAAACAUAUUCAGAAUUUAAUUCAUGUUGACAAAAACCUAAGCUUGAAAAACUGCCCACAUAAUGAUGCUGCCACCACCAUGUGCCUCAGUGGGUGUGUUUUGGACUCACACACCAAAAGCUCAAGUUUGGUUUCAUCAGUGGAUUGUACAAGAGAAAAGAUCAAUUAUAUGUUUAAUACAUGUUACAUUUCUGAGAUGAACCUUAAUUGGAAGUUUAAUGGAGAUAUUUUGAGAGCUAAUGAAGGUGCAAACACAGACAGAUGAUUAAUCGGAGGCCCUCGUCCUUUCCUCUUCCUCCACUGUUGACGACUGCCCUACUCCUCCUCCUCCUCCUCCUUCAUCCUCGAGGUGCUAUUGUCUCGCUUCCUGUGGCCGAGCGGGCCCUGUGUGUCCAUGUACGCUCGCGCACAGGCUCUUGCGCGCGCAGCAGUUCGGGGCGGCGGGCUGUGAUGCGGUCCGGACGGACGGAGCAAGUCGUCAGGAUUAAUGGAGGGACUCACACCCGCGGGAUUUGUUACAAGCUUAUAAGCUGCUCUUUUCACGCCGGGGAGCCAGCACGCAGCCUCGGAGCGGAGCGGGGGAAACUCCGAGCGAGUUGUUUUGGAGCGUUUUGGUCCAGUGACGAGAAAAAAAAAGAACCCCCCUCCCCCCCGGCCCCCCCAAAAAAACCGGGGCUCCGGACCUUUGACAGCUGCACCGCCGCCAGGCUGGAAACCCUCGGUGACCGGGAGGUGAGCUGUCAUCGACCGCUCAGCUGCCGGAGGACCAGCGAUCCGAGCAGCCGUGCAUCCUGACUGAGUCCGGCUCCGUCCGCCUGGGGAUCCAUGAUGACUUGGAGGGGGCUUCAGCGGACGGUCCCCUGCUGACACCCAGAUUUCUGUUCCUUUCCUGAAGAUCUAUUUGUAUCUUCUUUUUUUUUUACAGUGAAGACUUUGUCUCUUCCGUCACCAUGGCCAGCCUUGUGAUUAACGAAACUGGAGUGGAGGAUUGCGGGAUCGACGACUCCUUCAAGUACAACUUGUACUCCGCGGUUUACAGCGUGGUCUUCGUUUCGGGCCUGAUGACCAACUGCGCCGCCCUCUUCGUCUUCUGCUUCCGGAUGAAGUUACGCAACGAGACCACAAUGUUCAUGACCAACCUAGCUUUUUCAGACUUGGUCUUCGUCUUCACGCUGCCGUUCAAGGUCUUCUACAACGUCAACCGCAACUGGCCCUUCGGAGACGGGCUCUGCAAGGUGUCAGGGACGGCCUUCAUCACCAACAUCUACGGCAGCAUGCUCUUCCUCACCUGCAUCAGCGUGGACCGCUUCCUGGCGAUAGUCUACCCGUUUCGAUCGCGCUCCAUCCGCACGAGGAGGAACGCGGCGCUGGUGUGCGCCGCCGUGUGGCUCACCAUCGUGGGCGGAGGAAUAUCGGUGACCUUCUUCUCCACCAUCAACAGCAGACACAGAGCCACCACAUGCUUUGAAGGAUUUUCCAAGAACACCUGGAAGACCUACCUCUCCAAAAUCACCAUCUUCAUAGAGAUCGUGGGUUUUCUCUUCCCCCUCCUGGCCAACCUGGUGUGCUCCUCCCUGGUUCUCCGGACGCUGCGCCGCCCGGUCAGCGCCGGCCACGGCUGUGACAGCAAGAAGCGCGUCCUGCGGAUGAUCGUGGUCCAUCUCACCAUUUUCAUCAUUUGCUUCGUCCCGUACAACUUCCUGCUCUUCUUGUACGCCCUGGUGCGGACCCAGGCCCUGGCUAACUGCACCGUGGAGCGGUUCGCGCGGACCCUGUACCCCAUCACCCUGUGUCUGGCCAGCCUCAACUGCUGCCUGGACCCCGUGGUUUACUACUUCACCUCAGAGAGCUUCAAGAAGAGCCUGACCAUUGGUGGCAAGGGGUCCGGCUCGCGGCCCGAGAGCGUCCCCCGCAGCGACAACGAGGCCCAGGACACGGCCGUCCCCAGAGACACUCAGUCCGUGUCCAGCAACGGGAAAGACGCCACGAUAUCCGACAGCCAGCUAUGACUCGCCGCUGGCAGGGGUGAAAAUGGGUCGCGGGCGGGUUCUGGAGGAACCCUGAACUUGAACAACAAUCAGCUGUUUAAUUGUGGAAGUGGAAAACAAAUAGCUCAGCAGAUUAGCUAAGACCAGAGGUAAGUCCUGAGGUUUGGCCUGGGCUUUGUGGAUUAAUCCAGCACUGGAGAACAGAGGAAUGUAUCUAUGUUUGUUAUAACACACACACACACACACACACAC